AGCUCCGUUCUUCUGCAACUGGAACCCUGCGGCAGCAAGUUGCGAGCGAAAGGAUAAGUCUGGUGGGCGGAGAGAGGGAGGCGAAGUAAAGAGAUGGACAAGUACUUCGGUAACGCUUACCGCGGCGACCCUGGCGUCCCCCACGCUGAUCCUGACCGUUUCGCGAACAUAUGGAUCGGAUCCGUCGCCUUCUCCGCCUUGACAUGGAUAAACCCUUACAUGUGGCAGCUCUCCAACCAGUUCAACUGGCAUGACAAGGCCAUGCUGUUCGAACAUUACCAUUGGAAGAAAGCCUUGCAGAAGAAUGAACCAUACGAAUUUAAGUGGAAUCAAAUGUCCAGAGCAGUUCGAGAUUCAUACUACUUCAACUGGCCAGUUUACUUCCCCUAGCUGCAUCUUCGUGUUCACCUAUUGCAAAAACCAACGAGUAGCGAUGUAUUUGUUGGGAAUAACAAAUGGAACCCUGGACGAUUUGCUAAACUUUUAAAUCUACUUUUAAGGUCUGGUUGAAUUUAAUGAGCUUUUAGUUUUCGAGAAUUUAUCUUUGUAUGGUGUCAAAUGGAUUUAAAGUAAUUUUAAGUCUAAAAUGGAUUAAGGGAAAUUUUGUAUA